GCUGGUCCCACGUCCGGGCUGCUUCCAAUUCCGAUCGAUAAACUCACAGGGACGACACUCACUACGCGCGGUUAGCCACAGCAGCAGAACUUGCCAUGGCGUCUCAGGCAGACUACAAGGACAGGCAAUUCCUCGCUGUCAUCGGGGACGAGGAUUCGGUAACGGGAUUGCUACUGGCUGGUAUCGGCCACGUUACGAAUCCGCCCGACUCGCAAAAGAACUUCCUAGUCGUCGACGGCAAGACAGAGACCGCUGCUAUCGAGGCCGCCUUCGACUCCUUCACCACCCAGCGCAAGGACAUUGGCAUCGUCCUCAUCAACCAGCAUGUCGCCGACAAGAUCCGAUAUCGAAUCGAUACGUACACGGCCGCCUUUCCCGCCAUCCUCGAGAUCCCUAGCAAGGAGCAUCCAUACGACCCCGAGAAAGACAGCGUCUUGAGGAGGGUCCGGCGUCUAUUUGGGGAGUAAAUAUCAUUGCACGACGAGCUCGGGCGGGCUGUACACGCAUACCAUAAAUAUGGGGACUGCGAAAGCUACUCGCGGCUUGCAUACGGGCAGAAGUCAGGAACCAGAAACUCCUAUUCAGGCCAGGGGGCUUAAAAUUCGACAAGCUGAAGGAGAUCUAAGCGGGAUAUGUGCAUCAGUUGUAUGUGUGCGCGACGAGCACUACGUACACGCCUUGGGCGCCGCCUCCAUUAUUCGGUACCGAUAAGAUUAGGAAACAGCACAAGUUAACGGUGGCUAAAUCAAACUGGGAUGCUCCCCGAUCCAUACAAACGCAGACUUAGAAGAGCACAGAGAGAGGCCCCAAAAAAAAAGAGACGCCCAUACGUUCCGUCAAAGGAGUACCAUACAAUCGUGCUCAUCGUCAAUCCAGCCCUCUCGUUCCGGUCUUGCUCUCUCAGGUGAUGAUGUGACGACAGUAUAGUUGAGGU